AUGUCGGUUCAUUCGUGGAGGCCAACCGCCUUUGGCCAUGAUAUGAGAGAAUACAUUUCCUUUGCACUUGGAUAUCGAAAUAUGAACCAUGGCUCGUUCGGAACAUCACCUCGUGCUAUCCGCGACAUAGCAAAUGAUAUAAGAGAGGAGUGCGAGACCAAUCCAUUUCCCUUCAUCAAAUACCGAUUCCCAAAGUUACUGGACAAAUCUCGGGCUGUUAUAAGCAAAUUCCUUUCCGUUCCAGAAUCCACCAUCGUCUUUGUUCCAAAUGCCACGACGGGUGUCAACACAGUGCUGCAAAACCUCUUGUGGAACGACGAUGGAAAGGAUGAGAUCCUUCAAUUAGAUGUGAUAUACGGUGCAUGUAGGAAAAUGGCCAACUAUAUCUGUGAAUCCAACCAGGACAAGGUUCGCACACGGGAAGUCGAGUUCACCUACCCACUUGAACCGUCUGAAAUGGUUUCAGUAUUCAAAGACGCUAUUUCAAACUCCAAAGCAGAGGGAUAUCGUCCACGAGUUGCUAUUUUCGACACUAUCUCUUCAAAUCCUGGUCUUCGGCUCCCAUUCGAGGCACUGGCAGCGGCUUGUCGCUCGGAGGGCAUACUGAGUUUGGUCGAUGCUGCACAUGGAAUUGGUCAAAUAGAUCUUAACAUAUCAUCAUGGGAUCCGGACUUUCUGGUCACCAAUUGCCAUAAGUGGCUGUUUACUCCACGGGCAUGUGCUGUUUUCUAUGUCCCCGAGCGAAAUCAAGGCCUUAUCCGGAGUACACUGCCAACAAGUCACGGGUUUCUUCCACGUUGCAUUGAAAAUGGUCAUAGUAAUGAGCUACAAAAUCAACUGGCAAGACAAUCGCAGUUCGUUUCCAAUUUCGAGUUCGUGGGUACAGCCGACAACACUGCGUUUUUGACAGUCGGAGAAGCCAUCCAGUGGCGCGAGGAAGUAUGUGGCGGGGAAAGAAAAAUACAAGAUUAUUGUAUUAAUCUUGCUCGCAGAGGUGGUCAGAGGGUAGCAGACAUAUUGGGGACCAAAAUUCUUGACAAUGCCAGUCACAGCUUCACUGACUGUUGUAUGGUUAACAUUCUUCUUCCACUGCAGAAACCUACAGAUGGGAAAGGAUGCCUUGUUAAAGGCAAGGAGGGCACUGAGACCAUCUUAGAGUGGAUGCAACGGGCUAUGAUCAAGAGUUGGAAUACGUUCAUUCCUGUCUUCCCAUUCAAGGGCUGUUGGUGGGUCCGCCUUAGUGGGCAGAUAUACCUUGAUGACAGUGACUUUGAAUGGGCUGGCUGGACACUGAAGGCGCUCUGCGAGCAGAUUGAGAAAGAAGAAUUCAUAUAG